GCCGGCCGCCGCCAUGGCGCAGCAGCGGGUGUUGCCGCAGAGCAAGGAGACUCUGCUGCAGUCCUACAACAAGCGCCUCAAGGAUGACGUCAAGUCCAUCAUGGAUAACUUUACCGAAAUCAUCAAGACUGCCAAGAUUGAGGAUGAAACUCAAGUCUCUCGAGCAACCCAGGGUGAACAAGAUAACUAUGAGAUGCACGUCAGAGCUGCAAACAUUGUCCGAGCUGGUGAGUCCCUGAUGAAACUUGUGUCUGACCUGAAGCAGUUCUUGAUCCUCAAUGAUUUCCCCUCUGUGAAUGAAGCUAUCAACCAGCGCAACCAGCAGCUGAGAAGCUUGCAGGAGGAAUGUGACAAGAAGUUGAUUGCACUACGGGAUGAGAUCUCCAUUGACCUGUACGAGCUAGAAGAAGAAUAUUACUCUUCCAGCUACAGUCUGUGUGACAGCAAUGAUCUUCCACUGUGCGAAGCCUACUGGAGACAAGACUUUGCCACGUUGUCCCCCGAAAGCCUCUCCACGCCUCUGACAGCUGCCACGGCAGAGCAGAGCGUUGCUACCUCGCAGAGCUCAACCCCAUCGCACCCUCACGUGAACGGGCAUGGGGCAGGCCCCACAGAGCACUCCUGAAGAGGAUCCUCUGCUGCCAAAUGUGGUUCUCCUGGCGGCACUGCGCUGCUGGAAGUCUUCCGCCUGCUGUGCUGAGCAUCUCCCGCUGUCAGGAGACUGCCCUGGGGCUGUGUUUGCAGGUUUCUGCUUGCUGGACAGCCACGGUGCUUUCUCCACCCCUCGGACGUUGCCAUGAGUGUUCCUCUCCCUUAAGAGAUCGUAAUGUGUAAAUACAAAGUUGAUUAUUCUAACAACCUAGAGUUAGGUUUGCUUUUACAUGACAGUUACCUGUAGAGUUCAGUAGAAAUCACAUUUGUUUCCAUGUGAAUCUCAGUAAGUACAUGCUGGAGUGUUGGGAGUUGAAUUUGUUUGGGAUAAAGGUGAGCCAGGUGUGGGGCAGUGAGUGGUUUGGGGUUUUUACCCUGCUUCCCAAGGUUCUUGAUGCUCUGGCUGCUUUAAAGCUCUCAGGAUGGCAUCUGACAACCUCUGUUCUACUUAACUGGAGUAAGAAUCUUGUAGUAUUUUAUUUUCACACAGUAGUCUCCGCUGUCAGAGUGCUUCACAGACUUGAACUUGCUCGGAGUCGCUUGGGAGGAGCCUCUCGGCAGCCCGACUAGCAGCGCUCUCCCUCGAAAAGGGCAAGCUGAGGAAUCGGACUGAGGUAUUUAUUGAUGACACCACUUGCUCAAGGCCACAGAUGGCAGCAGCAAGACGCUUUAGUUAGCCUGAUUCCUUUUUCAGUGUUUACACAGAAACUUUCUAGUAACCUAGCUGGAGCUAACAUGAAGCCAGUGUUUACGCUAGCUAAUAGUUUUGUCUUAAUAAAAAAACGUUGAGAUGACUGGGGUGCCUGGUGCAGUGAGGGAUACUUGGUUACUCUCGCAGUUUCUUUCCAAAGAAGCCCAUUUGGUGCUUUGCUGCUGUUCAGCAGCUUGGCACGUCUCCACCCUUUCUCUUUGCGGCUGUUCAGCGUCGGCUCGAGCCGCGCAGCUGGGAGGGGGCUGUAGUUGAACUGGAGCAGGGCCAGGACAGCUCAGUGUCGCGGGCACCGCAGGGCCACGGCCGCGUGCCAACGGCCACCUGAGCCGCGCUUCCCCAGCGUUCUGCUGUAACGCUUUGUUUCUUAGGAUGUGAAUUUUGGUAUAUGUUUUGGUUUAUUUUUCUUCCAUUCCGUUUAUUUUUGUAAUUAGGUGGUUUAAUAAAACUAACUCUUUUGUAUAA